AUGGUUUUGCAGACAGAAACAGUUGACUUGUCUGAUCAAAAGAGCAGGUCAGAUGGUUCUGGGAAAUAUUUCAGGGAAAGUAACAUUGAGAGGCAUCGUUCAAUUGGUUCAGAUGGGCUUCCUUGUGUUGGUCAGACAAUAAAACCAGAUGAAGAAUAUUAUAGCAUCUAUAAUGAGGUAAACAAUGAGCGACAUGCCGUCAAACGAAAAGGUUCAGAGGCUGUCAUCGUUGACUAUGUUGCUAUAGAUGGGAAGAAGCAUCUUCAGAAUCAUCCGCAGAAGGGUUUCAUUUCCUAUGUUAAAUUCUUUUCUUUUGAGCAGUUGUGGCCUGAUAUUGAUAUGCCAUUUUCUGAUGUUACGGGAAUGCGUCCAGAUCUUAUCAUCAAUCCACAUGCAUUUCCUUCAAGGAUGGCAAUAGGAAUGCUCUUGGAAUCGAUUGCUGCACAGACAAAGUACAGAUGUUUAUGUUCUGUGGUGGCCUGA